AUGAAUUUAAUAAAAAAUAGUAAAUUAUAUAAAUAUUUUUAUGAAGCACCAGAGGAGGACACUGCCAAAAGUGGUCAAUUUAUUGAUAGAACCACACACUUUAGGGAAAUCAUUUCUCCUUCACACCCUAUCUACAAACCUGAAGAAGGAAGGUACUGGUUGUAUGCUUCGUUAGCCUGCCCAUGGGCUCACAGAACACUGAUCACUCGUGCACUAAAGGGAUUAAACAAAGUAAUUGGAGUCAGUAUAGUGCAUUGGUAUAUGGAUGAAAGAGGUUGGAAAUUUAUUCCUGUAAAUCCAGAUUUUCCUAUGGAUCCAGAUGAUUCAUUCCGAAUCGACGGUGGUGUAAAAACUACAGGAAACGACAUAUCUACACCAACUGGAGAUAUAUCGAACAAUAGAAACUUAUUAAACGUUGAUGGUACAUAUGAUAGGAAUUACGACUUUGAAAGUCUAAGUGAAUUGUAUCUAUUGAGUGACCCUUCAUACAAUGGUAAAUAUACGGUACCAGUACUAUGGGACCUAAAAACCAAAACGAUAGUAAAUAAUGAGAGUGCUGACAUAAUCCGGAUAUUAAAUAGUGGUGUGUUCAACGAGUUUAUUGAUUUUGACACAGAGUGUUUACAUCAUAAAAUUAUCGAUGUUUACCCCAAGCCAUUGAGACAAGAAAUCGAUAAAUUUAACGAAUGGGUGUUGGAGUAUAUCAACGAAGGUGUGUAUAAAGUUGGAUUUGCGGAAGACCAAGAAGAAUACGAAAAACACGUGAAGAACCUUUUCGAGCAUCUAGAUAAAGUAGAAGACUUAUUAGAAAAAAAAUAUGAUCUAUUGUCUCAAGUUCAUAAUGAUCAGCAGUCCAUAUUAAAAGAGUUUUACACAGUGGGGAGCCAAUUAACCGAAGCUGACAUCAGAUUGUACACUACAAUGGUAAGGUUUGAUCCAGUUUAUGUCCAACAUUUCAAAUGUAAUCUAAGAACAAUAAGAGAUGGAUAUCCAUUUAUCGACUUGUGGUUACGUAAUUUAUAUUGGAAUCAUGGUGAAUUUCGCAAUACCACAAAUUUCAACCAUUUGAAAUUAUCGUAUACUAGAGGACAGCCAAGUAUAAAUCCAUUGGGAAUAACAGCAUUAGGACCGAUGCCAGAUAUUCCACAAAUUCAAUAA